AUAAUCAUCACUCCAGCCUUAAUUUUCCAAUCAAGUGUGACGUUUUGAUUCCAUUCCAGAUCGAAAUCUCUAUUCCGAAGAAAAGGUAGAUGGAAAAAGAUACAUUUAUUUUGUUACCAUGCCAGUCUACCCAAUAUUUGGUCGCCCGAAGCUCUACCGGCCGAUAGACUCGAACAAAAACCUUCCCGGGCAUAAAUCCUUCACGCCCUCCUACGAGAAGGACGAAACAUCAAUGCGUCUCCUGUUGUCCUGGCACUACGGUCGCCAAUGGCUGGAGGAGUCCAAGCAGUUUCAUGAGAAGAUAGCGGUCAAGGAGCGUUCUUUUAUAAAGCCCGACAUCAAGGGCUGGGUGCUGAAGCGCAUGACCCUCAACACGCGUCGUGCCAAUAAUUUAGAAACUAAAACCAAGCCCAGAUGGGGAUAACCAUAAUGCAAAGAGAAAAAAGGAAUUGUACAAUCAAAGCCAUUUAGCUAUUAUUAUUUAGUUACCUAAUUGAUUCGUGUUCAUUUCUUGAUUCUAAAUAAAUUUAUAUUCAUUGCUGGAGUUUCCCUUUUUAGU